UGUUUCCUGUCUGCUGAGCCGCUUGAAUCAGCAGCAGCAGCGGCGGCGGUAAGAGUUCACCGGCUGGGAGAGAGGAGGCGGUCGUGGUCAAACCUAAAAACACACUCCUGUGUAUUGUUCAGGCACAGAAACACCUCUAGAGGUUACUAGGUGAGACGAUAGACGGUAAACGAUAUUCGGUUCAUAUUUUUUCGCCUGAAAUGGUCCCAGAAGUAAACACGGGUCGGUGCAGGCUGUAACUACAACAUGCGGCGUCACAUUUAACACCGAAACUGUUUAACCUUUUUCCUGGGAGGACUUUGGUCGACGGAGCCCCACAAACAGGAGGUUAUUUUCUGUGCCAUCUUAGAGGAGAUGCCAUCUAGAAAUCAUCUCGACAAAGUUGGAAAGAAGAAGAAGAAGAAAUGGACGGAAGAGGCCAUGGAACGUGCACUGGUGGAGGUGAAGGCGGGCAGGUGUACGGUGCGGCAGGCUGCUAAGGAGUUUGGAGUCCCAAAAUCUUCCCUGGGCGACAGGGUCAGUGGACGCGUGACACCAGGCAGUCGCAGCGGGCCAGCUCAGCUGAUAACCUCUGCUGAUGAGGAGGUGUUGGUGGAGUUCUCCUUGUACAUGUCUAAGCAUGGAUUCCCACUUACAAAACAACAAUUAGUCUCCUUUGCCUCAUCAAUAUAUAGGCGGCAGCACCGCAGGGUGGCAUUUUCUAAGUUGGGUCAGACCUGGUGGCUCAAUUUUAGGAAACGGCAAGAGAAGAACAUCACCAUUCAGCAAGUGGACAGUAUUGUUCGUGGGAGGACAAUGUGUGUGAGGAAGGAAGCGGUGGAUCAGUUUUUUCACCUGCUGACCACAGUCAUGGACGCCAGUGGGCUGAGGGAGAAGCCUCACCAAAUCUUUAACUGUAAUGAGACGGGCUUUCAGCUGGGCAGGAAGAGGGUGAUCCUCCCCAAAUCAGCCAGUGUUGGAUACAAGCCGGCUCCAGGCACAAGGGACCACAUCUCUGUGCUGGCUUGCUUCAGUGCAGCCGGCGACGACAUCCCUCCAUUCCUCAUCUACUCAAAGGCCUAUCCAGGCGGCGUGUGCUACAAGACACAAGGGCCACCCGACGCUCUGUACGGCUGGUCGGACUCAGGGUGUAUCAACUCUGACCUUUUCAAGAAAUGGUUCCUUAAACACUUCCUGCUGCGUGCGCCGAAGGAGCGGCCGCUGCUGCUGAUCUUCGACGGCCACAAAUCGCCUCUGAAUCUGGAGGUGGUGGAAGCAGCUCGCAAGGAGAACGUCAUCCUGCUGUGCCUGCCGCCGCAUUGCUCCCACAUCCUGCAGCCGCUCGACACCGGUCUCUUUUCAUUUCUGAAGCAGCGCUUCACAGCGUUUGUCGGUGAUGGCUGCACUGCUGAGACUUACUUUCUAGUCAGCAAGAAGGAGUUCUCAGGGGUUUUUAAGGAGCCUUAUCAGGCCGUGCAGGGAGAGGAGGGGGUGAGGAUGGUCAAGGAGGGUUUUAGGAAAUGUGGCAUCUACCCACUGAACCGCUUUGCCAUCAACGAAGCCCACCUGAUGCCGUCACGCAGCCUGAGCCCAGCAGCUGCAGCCUCGUUGUCUAUAGCAGCAACAGGGGAACCCAGAACCUCUCUUGUAUCUGAGCCCUCAGGUCCUGGACCGUCCUCUUCCUAGCUAAUUACUUCCCAAGACUAUGAAUCAGCCGCUAAUACCUCAGAUUUUGAAGAAAGGCUGAUUGACUUUGCAUUACUUGAAAAUUUGAAUGGAUAGAAACCAGUUCUAUCAGACUUUUCCUUGAUUCCUUGAUUUACACUCCCACUUGAGCACUGUGCAGCCAGCUCUCCGCCCCAGUGCUCUGUAUUGUUGGCAGCUGGCCACAGAAAGGGGGUUGUGCUCAUAUUAAUUUAUUUACUUGCUUUAGUUCAGUAAAUCAUUUUUUUUAAAUCAGACCUACUUUGUUUGAAUGUUGUUCAUCUGAGUAUAACAAGAGAGAUCAUAUAACUCAAUUUGUCAACAUAUAAUUCACGGUAAUUUUAUCAUUCUUCAGGUAUGGCAUGGCUGGCUGUCUAGCCAGCUCAGCUAAAUCAGCAUCAAUUAGUAAGAAUGGGGGCAAUGUCACUUUUAAUUUUACCUCAUGUUCAGUUUAAUGGAUUUCAGACACUUAAGGGGGAUGCAUACCCUUAAGAAAAAUUACUUUAUUGACAUACCCUGAUCAAAUAGGUGGUUUAUUUAAUUGUUCAGUCACCUAACAUCUGUGAGGACACACCUCCUAAAAGACAGUGAUGAAGAUUAAAGGACCCACCCUAGGCUGUGCCUUAAUGCCAUGUGUCAUUUAGGUAAAGACCCUCUGCAGUUUUAGUAUAGUGUCAAGAUACACAACCAAAUAUUUAUAUAGAAGACUAACUGAUCCUGACAAAAAUGUUCUUUCUACAGCCAUCCAUAAAAUCUGCUACAUGUGAUAUUUUCCCACUGGGUCACCUUUGUGAUCUUCAACUCACUGUUGAGGGCAAUUAGAAAUGAGAGAGGAAACCAUCUGUAUUUUCACAUGUAAUGGUGUAAGAGUACUAACUUAUUUUUCUUUUAAACCUCAGAUUUAACUUGAAUACCACCGUGAACCUUUCAGUCCAUUUGUGCUCUCAUACUCUGAAUGAAUUUGGUCCAUUAAGUGCGUUUUGGAGGAAAUGCUGUGUAAAACUCGUAAAACCUCUCUGAAGAGGAAGGCUGAGUGGCUGCAUUCCUGCCCUUGAGGUAACAAAGAUCAAAUUACAUUAAAGGGUGCGUGCUUUCUUCAUGUGAAUUUUGUUAUCACCUUUUCUACUUAAAUAAAUAGUUUACAGCUUGGGACAUGUCUUUAUACAUUCCCACAUAACCAGUGUUUUGUUUCCAUGUUGACUGAAUCAGCUCGAGCUUGUGAACUCGGGGAAGAAAUCCAAAAUUAAUGUAUUUUUAAGUAUUUUGCAUAAGGUCACUCAUUUAGUAAAGUGGGCAGUACUUUUU